AUGAUUUGUUUACAUAGUGCCCGACAAUAGUUUGGUUUGGAGCAACUUUGUGAUCAAUUGAAAAGUAUUUGGAAAUUCCAAAUACAGAAGAACAUCGAUCGAAUUGGAAAAUUUCGCAUUAUUUUGGGCGCAGUUUUUCGCGCUCCAAUUUGAGCGAGUGUUAGUGUGUGUAUGUUUUAUUUGUAUAUGUGUGCGUGUGUGUGCGUCAAUAUAUCACAUUGUCAAUCAAUUUGAUGGUAUUUUGUACCAAAGUGAUCGUAAAUCAAUUUACGAUUAACACAAGUCAACGACUCGUCACUUCGGUUUUAGAUCGACAGUUUCGAGAAAGAAAAACACCGAGAAACACUUUUAUGACUCACACUGAACAAUGGAUAAUGAGAUAAUUCGAUUUUUGGAUGAUACUUUGACUGUAUUACGACAUGUUCCGGGUGAGAAUGCUGUUUUAAUUGUGAAAUAUGAUCAACCGCCAAGUCAUUGUUUACCACUUGAAUUCACUUGGAAACGAGAUGAUUUUCCAAUCGAAAAAUCGGAACGAUAUCGCAUUGCACAAAAUAAAAAUGCCAUUCAAUUAGCUUUAGAUCAUGUGCAGCGUGAGGAUGCUGGACACUACACACUAUUCGCGAAAACGAAAACCGGUAAAAUUUCACGAAAAGACAUUGAAUUAGUUGUCGAAGAUAGAUCAAGCGGCGAUGAUCCGCCCACAUUUGUUCGCCGUCUGACCGACCUGUCUGUCAAAGUUGGUACACGUACCAGACUCUUAGUGGAGAUUCGAAGCUCAUCACCGGUCAAGGUUACAUGGUUUCGAAAUGAUCGUCGAGUAUGUGAAAAUAAUCAUGUUCGUUGUGUGAAUGAAGGGAAUUUUUAUUGCAUGGAAUUGACACCGGUCAGUUUGGAUGAUGUUGGACGAUGGAUGUGCAUGGUUGAAAAUGCAAGCGGUAGAAAUUCAUGUUUGGCUGUUCUCAAUGUGCUGGUACCAAAAGCGUACAAAGCGCCCGAAUUUGUUGAACAUUUACGUGCUCUGCUCACCGAACAAGGAACCGUUUCGUUGGAAUGUAAAGUAAUUGGUGUGCCAACACCAUUUUUAAGAUGGUUCAAAGAUUCAAAAGAGAUAAAAGCGGGCGAUGUAUUCGCAUUGACAGCAAACCCAGACGACCCGACGUCACUGGGCACUUAUACAUGUGAGGCGGUCAAUUGUAUGGGUCGCACCUAUUCCAGUUCAAAAUUGCAUGUGGUUGGUAAAGGAAGUCGUGAAGGUUCACUCAAACCAGCUGAUAGUAUGAAUCAUCAUGGAACACCGCCGAUAUUCACCGAUGAAUUGAAAAAUUUAAAAAUAAAACUUGGCGACGCAAUCACCUUGGCGACACAAGUGGUGGUACCGCCGUGGCCAAAAUCAGUUGUAUGGUACAAUAAGGGAGGUCGUGUCGAAGCCAAUGAAAAUGUUCGCAUAGUUGAAGAUGGCUUGGGAAUGUAUAUGAUCGAAAUAAAAGAGUCAAAUAGCAACGACGAAGGAGAAUGGAAAGUAGUUGUAAUCAGUAUUGAUGGAAGUGUCGGUAUUUCAACCUGCACCGUUGAAAUGGACAUUCCGAAAAAUUAUCGAAAACCACGAUUUAUGGAAAAUCUAAAAGCUGUCCUCACCGACGAAGGUCUGGUAUCGUUCGAAUGUAAGGUGGUUGGUUUUCCAACGCCUCAAUUAAAAUGGUUCAAAGAUGGCCAAGAAUUAAAACCGGGCGAUGUUUAUCAAUUGACUGGCACAAAUUCACUGGGAACGUAUUGUUGCGUUGCCAAAAAUUGCAUGGGCGAAACAAGCAGCACAGCCAUACUAACGGUUGAAGAUAUUCAAGAUAAAUUAAAUGACGAUGAACGUCUUGUUUACACCCAGAAAAUAAAUCAACCGCCCAAAUUCGUUCAAGGUCUUGAAAGUCAAGAAGCCAAAAUCAACGAAGAUUUUCGAUUUUUUAUCGAAGUUUCAAGUCAACCGGAACCAAAAUUAUCGUGGUAUCGUGAUGAAUUACCAAUUGAAGAUUCAGAGCGUUAUGUGAUUUUGCGUGAAACGUCCGCCAAUUGUCAAUUACUGAUUCGAAAGAUCGAAUUUGUAGAUCAGGCUGAAUGGAAAUGUGUUGCAACAAAUGAUUACGGAACUAGUGUCACAUCGUGCUUUUUGAAGUUGCAAAUUCCACGGCAUUAUAAAAAACCGAAGUUUCUCGAAUGCCUUCGUGCCAUUCUAACGGAGGAAGGAGCGGUUAAUCUCGAAUGCAAGGUGAUCGGUGUUCCGCAACCAGUUUUAAAAUGGUAUAAAGACGGCAUUGAGCUGAAAGCUGGUGACAUUCAUCGAAUAAUAUCAGGUCAAGAUGGCACUUGUUGUCUUGGCACGUAUACGUGUGAGGCGAAAAAUUGUAUGGGUAUUGUGGCCAGUUCAGCCUCAAUUUUGGGCUUUGACGAUGCAGUCAAAUCGAAUUCAAAUACAAAUGCAGAACUUCAACGAAAUCAUUCGUUGUCCACAAUAAACGAAGAACGAUCAUCUCAAUUAUACGAAACACCGGCCGAUGUAACACAAAAGUCAGACGUUUCGUUUAGUUUUGAUGGCAAAGAAGUGAGUGUAUCGUUGUACGAAACGCCCGAUCUAACCGAAGAGGAGGCAUUACAAAUUGUCGAAAUGUAUGCCGAUCAAAUUUCCGAACAUGUUACCGAACACAAUAUUGUCGAAUUGCCACCGUUACGUUUUGUUAAAGAAACAUCACAAUCGGGCAAUUUACUGAUGGAAGCGGUUAUCAUUGAUGUUGCAUCCGAGUAUUUCUUGAACGAAGAAGAUAUGCGAACCGAAGCCGAUCUCGAUAAUGUUUCAAUUAACGAGGUCAGUCUUCAUGGUUUGACGACCAUUGACGAAUCAUUGACCGGUGACGAAUCACAUCAUUCAAACAAGCAUCAUCGAGAUGAAUCAAUAAUGAGUGGUGAUGUUGACGAUUACUUUAGCUUAUCUCGAGCGACUAAAAUGAGCGAAGAUGGAAAUGAUGAUGAUGAUAAUACAGAAGAAUUAUUGAGCGCAAGAGAUUCAGAGAAACACCAAUCAAUGGUACAUGAUGCCGAAGACUUUGUUAGUUUGGAGCAUUCAAGUAAAAGUAGCAGCCGAAAGCGAAAGGUGUCAUCAUCACAAACCGAUGAUCCGGCAAAAAAGCAUAUCGUUGAACAACACGACAUUGAAGAAAAUCUAAAUGCAGUGGUGCCGUUAGCGAAGCUAAUUGAAAUUCUUGAACGAAAUUUAAGUACAAUCAAAGAAGAAGUGCAUGCACAAUCGGCUCUAAUGAUGUCACCGGCAUCGGUUGACGGAAGUUUGACUAUUGUUCGUAAUAUUUUGGAGCCAAUAACUCAUAUGCGACAACAGCUAAACGAAUACAAUGGCCAAUCGUCGUUGGAAGCGUUAUUCACCGAAGUUGGAAGUGAUUUUGAAAAGCUUCAUCAAGCAUUGACUGUAGUUGAAAAAUGCGUAUCGAUGGAUGAAGUUGGACAUACAAUGGUACAACGAACUAGCGUAUGUGUUGUUGAUAGUGUUGGUGAAGAAUUUGUUCAACUAUUCGAUACAAUCGAACAAAUUGCCGAAAAUAAAAGCCAAUCAAGUGUUAAAAAUGAAAUAAAAAUACUCAUGACUGAUUUACGCAUGGGAAUCCGAAUCACACAAGAUACGAUCAAAACUCAAACAUUACUUCAAGAAGCAAAUGCAAUUGAGGUGGCUCAACACAUUACCGAUACAAUGGAACGUGUACAAAAUGUACCCGAAUCGGUGCCAUUUGAAUCAUUGUCAACGAAUCAAUUGCCCGCCGAAGCACAAAAUUUCAAAAAUGUUUGCCGAUCCAUUGUUAAAAUGCAAGAAAUUUUGGAUUCAACCGAUUCAAAUGCUGCACCCGACGAAGUGCUACGCAAUUUAAUGCAGCCAAUAAGUUCGCUUGAAAAUGAAAUUGCAUCAAUCGAACAAAUUUUGAAUGCCGAACAAAGUGGUGUUGAAGAGACACUUGAAGAAAAAAUCAACAUUGUGUUAUGGGACACUGUGACACCACCAAUGUACGAGCUAUUCAAAUCGUUGGAAACAUUGGAAAGUCAAUCGCCGACACAUGCAAUUGAGGUUUGUGAUGCAAUUUUACCACCGUUACAAGAAAUUCAAAAUGGUUUGGCGCGCAUUGGUCAAGACAUCGAAAACGGUACAUUGGGACGACAUUCACCGCCCAUUGAAAAUACAGACACAAAACGUAUCAUUGAUAGUGUUAACCAAAGUCUCAUCUAUAUGGGAAGCAACAUAGAAGCGCAACCAUUGAGCGAUAGUGUAAGAGAUUCAUUCAUCAUGUUAAGAGAUCAACUCAGCAAUUUAAUGACAAACGCCAUUGAGUGUGAUGAAAAUAGUUGCCUGACCAUUUUAGGAUCGAUUAAAAAACCACUCGAUGAUUUAAACUAUUGUUUCCGUCAAAUGGAAGAACGUUCAACAUCGCAAUCAACUCAAGAAAUAUUGGAUCCAUUGAAUGUGCUCAAAGAUAGUGUUCGCCGAUGUGGUGAGAAAAUUUCACUAAAUCAACAAACAUUAAAAUGUCAAACCAUUCUCAGUGAAUUGAGACAACAAAUUGACGCAACCGAACAAAAUAUUAUUUUGGUUCCAUGGUUGCGUGUUGCCGAAGAGGAUGAACUAUCGGGUAGUUCAAUGUCACAAAAUAAAGUGGUUUCAAUAAAAUCGAUGCCAGAAAAAAGUAUUCAACAAAUUGUGGAAACAAUUGUCGAUGUAAAUCGUUAUAUUGCCAGUCUGCAAGAGCAUACACAAUUUGAAGAGGCCACCGAUUUGGAUGUGAAGAAUAUACCAUCGUUGUCAAUGUUAGCCAAACCGUUACAGGCAAUACAACAAAAUUUGCAAGAAAUGCAAGAGACGACACAAGAUCAAGCACAACUGUCACAAUCAAAUGAAAACCAAUUGAAAUUGAUACAAAUGCUGGUCACUCCGUUGGAAAAUGUACGCGAAUCACUGAAAGUUAUCGAAGUCAACACCGACGAUCCACUGCAAUCAAUUUCAAGCCAAGAUAAUUUAUCGGAUUUCAAAGAAUUGGCAAGACCAUUGAAGGAAAUGCAUGAAUGCAUUGCAUUGAUUCAACAUGAAUCGAAUUUGGGUGAAAUGGCUGGAUCGUUCAGUGCCGAUGCACAGCCAGAAAGUGUCAAAUUUGCCAAACCAAUUGUGGAAUUGAAGAAAAAUGUGGAAAUUAUUUUGCAACAUAUUUUAGAUGCACCCGAUGACCUAUCCACGAUGGACGACAUAUCAAUGAUGAAAUCUGUGGCAGAACAAUUGCCGCAUGAUGAUAGUGAAAAGUUUACGCCAAAUAUUACCAAACCAGAUGUUCAAUGGCCAAAAGAAUCAAUCGAAAUUAUGACACUAAAACGAAAUCUGCAAGAAUUUCAAAAGGAAUUAAUGAGUAAUCAGUCGCAAUCGGUCACACAAAAACACUUAAAUACCGUUUUAACCGAAACAGUAUCGAAAAUAAAUGAAUUUGAUGUGGAAAAUCUCAGCGAAAAUGCAAUGGAACAGUUAACAAAGCCAUUGCAAAAGCUACACGUUUCAAUUAUGAAGGCGAAACAAGCUGAAUCCAUUGUUGCAAUUGAUAAAUUACAAAAAAGCGUAUCACAUAUGCAAAAAUGCAUUUUCGAUCAUAUCGGAUUUGGUGGAUUUGAUAAACAGGAAAUUACGGCCGUUCAAUUUGCCGAAUUACAUCGAUGCGUAGUUACAAUACCCGAACCAUUGCCCAAUUUAGCGAUAACAUUGGAAACAUUUGCCACUGUUGAUGACAUUUCAAUACUUCAUUCAAUUCAAGAGCCAAUCAAAGAAUUGAAACAAAUUAUUGACACAAAUCCAGAAGGAUUCACCGAUGCCGAUCACAUAAAUGAUGAGAAUUUGGCAACAUUAAAAUCGGUGGCUCAGCCAUUAUUGACAUUGAAAAAACAGGCUCAAUCAUUGGACGAAUGUACAUUGCAAAAAUUGCAUGCAAUUUCAUUUUCGGAAGAAGAAAAUUCCGAUUCAGCACCAUUGUUGCCACUCAUCGAUUUAAUUGUUUGCAUGGAAAGUAUUGAUCUGCAUACGAUUGAACAAUUUGCAAGAUCAGUUGCGCCCGAAAUUGUGCCAGAGGUGGUUGUAAGUGUUGAAGAAUUGAAACGUUGCAUAUCGAAUACACAACGCGAAGAAACGGUUAAGGCUUUGCAUGAAAUAUCAUCGGUAACCGGAUUGGAGGGAUUAAAAUCAAUUGCUGAACCAUUACAUGAAUUACAGCAUUACAUUGAGAGCAGUCAAGGCGCUGAACAAAGUGAAUCACUCAGUGAAUUGGAAUGUUUGUCGCAAUUAAAAGAAGUGGCCAAACCUUUGAUCGAAAUUCGAGAUUUUGUGGCAACAACCGAAGGUCAAAUGGCUAUUCAAAUGAGCACCGACAUAUCAGAGACCGAUGAUUUGAAAACAAAAGCUCAACCACUGUUGGAGCUAUUGACAUGCAUUGAUCAAAUCAAAGAAACCGUUUUCGAACAUUUAACCGAUUUAUCAAAUCAAGAAGAUAUCUCUGCGUUACAAAUAACAGCUGACAAUCAACAGCGAACGGCAAAUGUGGUACUUUUGCCAGAACUUGAGCGAUGCGUUCGUAAUGUACAAGAACAUGGUACAAUUGAUAAUUUAGAAGAACUUUCGAUCAUGAGCAAUUUAUCCGAAUUGAAAACACUGGCACAACCAUUGCGAGAAAUUCAGCAUUCACUUCAAGUGCACACGGCCGAUUUGAUGGAAACCGAACAAAAUUUGGUCAAUAUUGAAAAUACGGCAAUUUUAACGGAAAUCGCAAAACCAUUGACCGAAUUGCGUGAGUAUGUUACAAGUGUAAAAGGACAACAGGAAUUGGUUCAAUUAGCCAAAGAUCUGUCCGAAAUUGACAAUGAAGAUCUAAAGACUCAUGCUCAGCCAUUGCUUGAAUUAAUUGAAUGCAUAAAUAAAUUCAGCCCUGAGACGGUUGAACAUGUGGCUGAUAUGAGCACACAACAAAACAUCUCUGAAUUGGAAAUGACCGAUGACAAUCGCCGAAAACGAUGCGCCAACGUAAAAUUAAUACCACAAAUUGUGCAUGCCAUUUCUGAAACACAACAGUUGGACACAUUACAGGCGGCUGGCGAUCUUCAUAUGGGAACGUGCGACUUGAGAAAAGUUGCGAAACCUUUGCAUGAAAUGCAACACUACAUCGAAAGCAAUCAAUUGCAUUCGUUGCAGGAGACAAACAAUCUGAGUGAAAUGGAAAAUAUUUCAUUGCUAAAAGAAAUGGCAAAACCGUUAAUGGAAAUUCGUAAUUUUGCCAUGAGCACAGACGGUCAAGUUAUUCUUGAAAUGCAAGAUGAUCUAUCAAUUUCUGAUCGUACAAAAUUGUUGGUAAAACCAUUGGUUGAUCUAUGUCUAUGUGCCACAAACAUUGAUUUUAAUCUCAUCGAACCGGAAGCAACGCAUGAGGAUAUUUCCGAAAUGGAAACCGUUACGGAGAUCGAUGAAUACGCCAAAGAAGUGGACGUUUUUCAAAACGAAUUAACAUCGAGCCUCGUGAUUUUGGGCCAAUGCAUUAAUGAUGUUCAAAUAAAAACCGUUCAAUUGAUGUCAACCAAUAGACAUUUCGCAGUUUUAUCGAAACCGCUUGACGAAGUGAGAAAUGCAAUCAUUGAAUCAACACAACAAAUCAAUGAGCCAGCUGAUUGUGAAACAAUUGCUCAGCAAUUAUGUCAUUUACGUGAAAAUUUGGCCGGUUUAAAUCCCGAAUUAUCAACGGAACCAACACCAGAGUUGGUUGGAAUUCAUGCCGAGUUGAUUAUGUUGGAGAAACACUUGAAUGAAGCACUUCAAAGUAUUGACGAUGUGAGUCGACCACCAACCGAAGCCGUCAUUGGACACAUUCAAACACCCAUUGAAAGCAUUCAACAGUGCCAACGUCAAAUGGAAACUGUUGCGACCGCAACUCAACAUGCGACCAUUGUGCAAAUGCAAAAACCUUUGAACGAAUUGGAAGCGAGUAUUCAAUGUUUGGGUGGAUUUAUUGCUGAAAAUCCACUGCAACACAUAUCACGCAAUACAAACGAGAUUCAAUCGUUUAUCGCCGAUUUACAAAAUAUUGAAUCACAAUUGUUCUUCGCUAAAGAAUCGUUAAAUGCAAACGCAGAGAAUGAACUAGUCCGAGAACUUGUGACGGCAGUCGAUUUGGUGAAAGCACAACUAUCUGAAGUGCAAAAUUCCAUUCAGUUUGCAGAAUCGAUUCAUCCGCUAUUGAUCACAAAAUCAAUUGAUUCAAUCAGUGCACCAGUUUCGAAUUUGAGCGCAACACUUGAGAAAAUGUCAAAUUGUGAAAAUAUCGGUGAUGUACUGAAAUUAUCAUCGAGGGCACCACAGCUAAAAGUGGAUCCGCCACAGGUUCAAUUUCAAAAUAUUUUGGAAAUGAUUGACAGCGCGGGUGAAUUGCAAAUAGAGAAUAACAGCAUAUCGAAACUAUUGACGGAAAUUCAUGCUAGUGUAAUCGAGCUUAAGAAUUUCGAUUUUACAUCCAGCGACAACUUAAAAUUCGAUAAACAUAUCGUCGAAUUGAAAACGUGUUUGAAUGCUUUCAUUCAGCAGGAAAAGUGUGCGGAAAAUAUGAGCAAUCAGUUGAAUGAUCUCAAAAAUAAUAUCAUACAAUUGGAAAAGUAUCGUGUCAUUCGAUUGGACGGCAUUAAUGAAGUAUGUCAAAUAUUUGCCGAAAUGCAGCAACCAUUAAUGCAAAUUCUUCAAACAUUGCAGCCACAAACUCCAGUUGAGCGCGUACCGACUGAACAAACGAAAAAAGACAAGAACGAUCUCCAAGUGGAAGUAAAUGACUUGCUUCGCAAAUCCGAAGAAAAGCGCUUAACUCCCGACGAAGAGGAUCAAUUGAAUUCACUGUUGGCUCAAAUAAAUUUGCUUGACGUCAAAAUUCAUGACACCGUAUUCGAUGCAAAAAUUAUCAACGAAAGCACCGCCGAUAUCAUUGAGCAGCUAAAAGCGGACUUGGAAACACGAGAUGAGCUUAAAAAAAACGUCGAUUCAGAAAGUGCUUCAGACGAAGCCGCGGAAUCGAGGCCCAAUGAGAAAUUUAACGAAAAUACACCAAUUGACCGAAACAGUGAAAUUGAUCAGGAACAACACCGUACAGAAACGGAAAGUAUGUUAGACGACGACACAAUCGGUAGCCAAUCGGCAACACACGAAAAUCAAUUAGAAAAAGCUGAAGAGCUUAGAUUGGGACACCAAUUCAAUUUUAUCGACGAAACAAAUAUAUUUGAAGCCGAAUUCAAUGCAAGUCUUCGAGCACUUUAUUUAAGCAUUGAAGCAAUUGCAAAAGAAAGUGGUGAUGCACCAAACGAAAUUCAUCAACAACAAAACUAUCAACCAUUAUCCCAACCGAUUUCAUACAUUCAACAAACAAUGGACUCAAUUCAAGAAUCACAUACCGUCGAUUUGCAAACACUUUCAUACCUUUUAUCGGAUUUAAAACAGUCCAUCGAAUCGUGUUCGGGUGCUGUGAGCGAAGCCAACCAAAUCGAUUUAUGUGCAUUGGAAAAAUGCGUGAAUGAGGUCAUUGUCAGCGCACGAGACAUGAUCAGACCACCAAUCGAAGCGGUUAUGAUUCAUUUGCAGCAACCAAACGAAAAACUCGAGAAAUGUUUACAAACAGCAUUGCAUUCGACAAGCGUAAUCAAUGAACUACAAACACCAUUGAACGAUUUAAAAACUAGCAUCGCACAUUUGACGGAAUUCAUUGUAAAAGAUCCGUUGCAAAAAAUUUCAAGAAAUACACCCAACAUUCAACAGUUAAUUGCUGAUCUUCAAACAAUUGAAUCACAAUUGUUUUUCUUGCAACAAAAUUGCCAAGAAUCAAAGGCAACACCGUUGCAUUCGGAACUGGCCAAUAUUGUGCUUGAGGUGAAAAAUCAAUUAACACACGUUGAAAAUACGAUUCAAUAUUCGGAAGACAUACAUCCGCUACUGCUGACGAAGGCCAUUGACAUGUUGUCGGUGCCAUUGGAACGUUUGAAUACAGUUUGCGAACAAAUUAACACAUUCAUCGCAAGUGGUGAAAGUACCAGCGAAGUGGUAUUGGGCGCAGUCGAAAAAGUGACCAUAGUUGACAAUGUACAACAAGCAACCGUUGCAAAUAUUACAGACACCGCAAUCGAAGAAGAACCGAUUGCCUCUCAGCCAACUACAUUGAAGUCGGACAGUGACAUUUUACACGAUGAAUUCUUGUCAAGCUCAAAAGAUCUACGAAAUUGCGUAACUAUGCUCUUGAAUGGGCAAUUGCUUACACUUAGCCCAUACAAAGUGCUGUCGAGAUCAUUGGGUCAUCUGGCGAAAAUCUUGGAUAAAACACAAAAUACGGCCGAAGAAAUUCAAGAGAUCGCCAAUCUUUUGUGGGACUUAAAAGAAAAAUUGGAUUCAAUAAAUCCGGAAAUAUUAGCCGAAACCAAUCCAGAAAUAGCUGAAGCCGCAUAUGGUGAGCUUAUGUCUUUGGAAAAGAAUCUAAACGAUACAUUGGGUUGUGUCGAAGAUAUGAAUGUGACACCAAUUGAAGCUGUCAUUGCUCACUUAGAAAAACCGAUUCGAAUGAUUGAAUCUUGUUUGAAUCUGGUGAAACAAACAUCAUCCAAAGCGAAUAUUAGAGAUAUCGAGCGACCACUAAACGAAUUAAAAACAAGCAUGUGCAUAUUGGGCGCAUACAUUUUACGCGAUCCAUUAGAGCAUAUCUCAAGGAAUUCGGUCGAAAUUCAAAGUUUCAUCGCCGAACUGCAAAGUAUUGAAUCGCAACUAUACUUUAAGCAAAGUGAAAUAGCCCAAGCAUCUGCCGUACCAUUCAACAAAGAACUAUCGGAUUCAAUUGCCAUGACAAAAUUACAAAUCACAGACAUUCAAAACGAAAUACAAUAUGCAGAAACUACACAUCCAAUUCUGAUAACCAAAACUGUAGACAAACUGUGCAAACCAUUGGAAUUGGUGCAUAUGAUUAUAGAGAAUAUUCAUCAAAUUUUGGGCGACGAUGAACCAAUCCAAGAGCAAAAACCUGAAGCGAAUAUUACGUCACCGGAAACUAAAUUCUCCAUUGCAAAGCAAACAGAAGACGAAUUCUCUGGCGAAAUUCUGGAAAUGGCUGAAAAUAUCGAUGUAGCACACAGAGAAAUUGAAGCAAAUAUUAUCGAAUCGGAUGAACUUGGUAGUAUAGCAGGUCAACAAACGGCUGUAAUUGAUUCGGCCGAUGACGUAAGGAGUUUGUCAAUCAGCGAAAUUGGUGAAAGUUCACAAGUUGAAGAAAUUAUCACUUCAGAGCACAUCACCAAGGAAGAUCAAGUACAAGAAAUAAAUCCAACUGAUUUAUCCCAGAGCGAUACUCAAGAUGAACUUUCGCAAGCCCAAAUUGAGCAUGCUGUCGUUAUUGAAGAGGAAAAAUCACAUUUGGUUUUGACUGAGCAAGACAAUGCAGGUAAACAGGUUAAAUUUGAAGACAAUAUCGAUACUUCUGGAGAUACGGUACAAUUAACCAAAGAAGAAUUGAGUGAAACUGUUGAGACUUUGAUAGAGAAUGUACUUUCACAAGCUCAGAGUGUUCAACAUGCCACUGUAGAAGAAGAGAAAUUAUCAGAGUUGUUGAUAAGUGAACAAUUGCAAGAGCUACAACAAGAUCAGUUACAGGAGAUUUCAAAGGAACAAGACCCAAAACAAGGUGAUGUUGUAAGCACUGAAGAUGUUGAACAAUUGACUAAACAGAACUUGACCAACAUUUCUGAACAUGAACCGAUUCAAAUCGAGCAAAUUGCCAUUGUGGAAGAGCAAAAGUCACAAGAGGUGUUGAUUACUGAACAAAAACAAGAAUCCGCAAUUGAAGAGGCGGAUAUUGACAGAAUUGAUGAAGGUUCUCAAGAAAUAGUACAAUUGGAUAAACAAGAAUUGAGCGAAUCUGUAGAUACUUCAAAGGUAGAUGAAUUACGGCAGGCGCAAACUGAACAAGUGGCCAUUGUGGAAGAAGAAAAACCAAAAGAUAUUACGGUAGGUGAAGAAGACCAAGAGUCAAAAGAAACUGUCCUUGAUGGAUAUCCUGAAGUUACCGAAGAUAUUGAGACAAUAUCAAAAGAAAAAUUAACAGAAACUGCUCAGAUGUUGGUCGACGAUCAACUUUCGCAAACACAAACCGAAGAAGUCGCCAAUCUUGAAGAAGUUAAAUCACAAGAAGAACUUAAACAAGUUGAUGUAGAAAGUUCUGUCCAGGUUUCUGAACAAUUAACUGAAGAAAACUUGGACGAGCUAGCGCAAAUUUCAAGGGCUGAUGAUUUCUCGCAAGCUCAAAAUGCUGUUGUCGUUGAAGAAGAAAAAUCACAUUUGGCCUUAACUGAGCAAGAUCAAGAACUUAAAGAGGUUAAAUACGAAGAAGCUGUUGAUAUUUCUGAGGACGUGGCGGAAUUAACCGAAGAUGAAUUGACUGAAACUGUUAAGACUUUGAUAGAGGAUGUACUUUUGCAAGCUCAGAGUGUCGAAAUUGCUGCUGUAGAAGAAGAAAAGUCACAAACAGCGUUGAUUAGUGAACAAAAACAAGCAAAAGCACUCAAACAAGUUAAAUUUGAAGAAGCUGUGGAUAUUUCUGACGACGCGGCGCAAUUUACCAAAGAAGAAUUGACUGAAACUGUUAAGACUUUGAUAGAAGAUGUACUUUCGCAAGCUCAAAGUGCACAAAUUGCAACUGUAGAAGAAGAUAAAUCACAAGAGAUCUUGAUCAGUGGUCAAGAACAGCAAGAACUAAAAGAAGCCGAAACUGUAGGUAGUUCACAAGUUUCUGAAAAUGUUGAUCAUUUGGUCACAGAAGAAAUGAUCGAAACUGCUCAGAUUUCAGAAGGAGAUACACUUGUACAAGCCCAAACCGAGCAAAUUGCUAUUGUGGAAGAAGAAAAAUCACAAAAGGUAUUGUUCAGUGAACAAGCAGAAGAACUUAAGCAAGCUGAGGUUGGGUCCACUAAUGAGAUUUUGGAAGAUGUACAUCAAAUUACCAAAGAAGACUUGACCGAAACUGCUCACAUUUCUAACGAAGAUGCACUUUUGCACGUUCAAACCGAGCAAGUCGCUAUUGUGGAAGAAGAAAAACUACAAGAUGUUUCACUCAGUGAACAAAAUCUGGUUGAAGAAUCAAUUGCGGAGCCUGUACACACUGAACAAGUUGCCAUUUUGGAAGAAGAAAAACCACAAGAAGUAUUAAUCAGUGAAAUAGAAUCAAUCGAAGCUGAACGAUCUGCUGAAACUGCUGAGCAUGUAGUACAAGAGACCAAAGAGAAAUUGGAUGAAACUGAUCAAAUUACGAAUGAAGAAGAAUUAUCUCAGAGCGAACAAGUCGCUAUAGUCGAUGAAGAAAAAGUACAAGAGGCUUUGGUUAGUGAAGAAAAACUGGAUCAAGCAGAAAUCACAGACACUUCUGAGGUUUCGAAAGACAUUAAGCAAAUUGCCAAGGAAACACUAAGCGAAACUGCUCAGAUCUCUGAUGACAGUGAACUUUUGGAAGCCCAUACCGAGCAAAUCGUUGUUGUGGAAGAAGAAAAACCACAAUCUAUAUUGAAUAGUGAACAGAAACACACAGAAGAUCUUAAAAAGGUCACAUUUGAAGAAGCUGUUGAUAUUUCUGAAGACGCGGCGGAAAUAACCAAAGAAGAAUUGACUGAAACUGUUAAGACUUUGAUAGAAGAUGUACUUUCACAAGCUCUGAGUGUCGAAAUUGCCACUGUAGAAGAAGAAAAUUCACAAGUAGCGUUGAUUAGUGAACAAAAACCGGCAAAAGCACAUAAACAAGUUAAAUUUGAAGAAGCUGUGGAUAUUUCUGAAGACGCGGCGCAAUUAACCAAAGAAGAAUUGACUGAAACUGUUAAAACUUUGAUAGAAGAUGUACUUUCACAAGCUCAGAGUGUCGAAAUUGCCACUGUAAAAGAAGAUAAAUUACAAGAGAUCUUGAUCAGUGGUCAAGAACAACAAGAACUAAAAGAAGCCGAAACUGUAGAUAGUUCACAAGUUUCUGAAAAUGUUGAUCAUUUGGUCACAGAAGAAAUGAACGAAACUGCUCAGAUUUCAGAAGAAGACACACUUGUACAAGCCCAAACCGAGCAAAUCGCUAUUUUGGAAGAAGAAAAAUCACAAGAGGUGUUCGUCGGUGAAGAUAAAGAAGCAAAUCAACUCAAACAGCCUGAUGACGAAAGCGCUGAUGAUUUCUCACAAGCUCAAAGUGCUGUUGUCGUUGAAGAAGAAAAAUCACAUUUGGCCUUGACUGAGCAAAAGCAGGAACUUAAACAGGUUAAAUUUGGAGGUACAGUCGAUGUUUUUGAAGACGAAGAGGAACUAACCAAAGAAGAAUUGACUGAAACCGUUCAAACGUUGAUAGAUGAUGUUCUUUCACAAGCUCAGAGUGUACAAGUCGCUGUCGUGGAAGAAGAAAAGUUAGAAGAAGUCAGUGAGGAAAAACAAGAAUUGAAUCUCAAGCAACCGGUAUCAAAAGAUCUUUCUGAGAUUUCUGAAGACGUAGACCAAUUGACCGACACCUUACAGAUUUCGGAAGUGGAUGAAUUAUCUCACAUUCAAACUGAACAGGUCACUGCUAUAGAAGAAGAAAAACUACAAGAGGCUAGUGUGCCAGAAUCAGAACCGGAACUUAAAAACGUUCAAGUCAAAGAUACGCCUGAUGUUGUUGAAGACAUCAAUCAAUUGGCCAAAGAAAACUUAACACAAACUGCACAGACACUAAACGAAGAUGAAUUGUCGCGGGCUCAAAGUGAACAAGUUGCCAUCGUGACGGACGAAAAAUUGCAAGAUGUUUCGAUUAGUGAACAACAAGAGAUACAAACAGGCUUGACCGAACCGGCAUACAUUUCAGAAGAACGUGAACAGAUUCAAAUUGAACAGAUCGCUAUUGUUGAAGAAGAAAAACUACAAGUUGCUUCGGUUAGUGAACAAACCGAAAUCGCAGAUGAACAUCCACAGUCUCAAAGUGAGCAAGUUGUCGUAGUUGAUGAUGAAAAAAUACAAGAUGUAUUGAUAAGUGAACCAAAACAUGCAGACAAACUUGAGCAGGCUGAAACUCAAUUGAUUUCUGAGGAUUCUGAAGACUUGAAGCCCAUUUCCAAAGAAGAAUUGUCAGAAAUAGCACAGAUUUUAGAAGAGGAUAAACUUUCGCUAACUCAAGCAGAACAAGUUGCUAUUGUAGUGGAAGAAACGUCACAUAAACUUUCGGUUACGGAAAAAAACCCAGAACAAGAGCUCAACGAAGCCAAGAUUGAGAGCAGUUCUGUUGUAUCUGAAGAUACAGAACAAUUAACUAAAGAAGACUUGACUCAAACUGCUCAAGUUUUGAAGCAAGAUGAACUGUCACAAGUUCAAGUCGAACAAAUCGCAAUUUUAGAAGAAGAUAUUUCACAAGUGGUCUCGAUUAGUGAAGAAAAGCCAGAACUUGAGCUAAAAGAAGCCAAAGUCAAAGGCACUCUUGAGAUUUCCGAAGAUGUUGAGCAUUUGGCCAAAGAAGAAUCGUUUGAAACUGCUAAUAUAUCAAAAGUGGAUGAUCUUUCGCAAAUACAAAGUGAACAAGUUGCGGUUAUAAAAGAUGAAAGGUCACAUGGGGUUUUGAUAAGUGAGCCUGAAAUCAAAGAAGCUGAAAUCAAAGAAACUAUUCCCGAUUCUCAAUAUGUGGAGCAAUUGGUCGCAAAAGAUUUGCCCGAAACUGUUCAGAUUUCAGAUGAAGACGAACUUUCACAAGCACAAACUGAACUGCAAGAGGCCUUAAUCAGCCAACAAAAACAAGAAUCUGAACUCAACAAAGAUUCUGAAGACAAAAGACCUCAAAGGUAG